CGAAAUAUUGUCUAUUCGCCAUCAAAAUGGCGUCAUCGAAGGAAACUUAUUGUUUGUGUGGUCAACCAUAUAAUGUUGGACAAUUUAUGAUAGAAUGCGACUGCUGUCGUGAAUGGUUUCAUGGAAGCUGUGUUGAUGUUAAAAUUUACCACUCCGAUGAUAUUGAUAAGUACCACUGUCCGAAAUGUGCGCAAACAUACGGCCCAUCUGUGUUAAAAAUCCCCACAAAUAAUCACCGGGCAGACAGAUAUGAGCUCGGGGCGGAGAACCACCCGUCGCAGGUGGGGACUCCAGCAUGGGUCAGAGCGCUGUCCGCUAGGCCUCUCCGGCCUGUACCCGCUGCUCUGCAAAGAUUACGGGGACACCAUUUCACAGAAGAGUUUGUCAGGGAUGAUGGCUUCACUCGCCCUGUUAUAUUCCAUACGCCCGAGGGACUGGACCUGAAAGUACCCAACCCAGCUACAUUUACAGUACGAUCUGUGUUGAGGUUCUGUGGAGCACAGUUGGAGGUGGAAGUGAUAGACGUUCGCAAGCAGUCCACGCUGCGUAUGCCUUUAGGCGACUUCGUGGACUACUUCGAGACUCCGCCCGAGCUCAGAGACGAGAAGGUGCUCAACGUGCUUAGCCUGGAGUUCUCCGAAACCAACCUGUCCCCGCUGGUGUCGCCGCCGCGGCCGGCGCUGCAGCUGGACUGGGCGGCGCGCGCGUGGGCGGGCGGCGCCGCCCCGCGCCCGGCCGUGCAGAAGUACUGUCUCGUGUCCGCGGCGGGCGCCUACACCGACUUCCAUGUCGACUUCGGCGGGACCACAGUCUGGUACCACGUGUUGCAUGGCAGGAAGAUAUUCUACCUAAUACCGCCAACGGCGACCAAUCUCGCUUUGUACCAGCAGUGGAGCGCUGCCAACAAUCAGAACGAACGAUUCUUUGGUGAUAUGGUGGAGUGGUACGGCACAGCGGAGCUGUUGGCAGGACAGAGCCUCUUCAUCCCAUCGGGCUGGAUCCACGCGGUGCUGACGCCCUGCGAUUCUUUAGUUUUUGGCGGGAACUUCCUGCACUCCUACGCCAUUGAGAUGCAGUUGCAAAUCUAUGAAAUAGAGCGGCGAGUGGAGACGCCCACGAUGUUCCGGUACCCUCUGUUCGAAGCGAUGCACUGGUUCGCCGGCGCGCAUUUGUUGACCAUGUUGAGGAGAUACAAUGAAGAAACACAGGAUGAAGACUUCACCCUUCACGAGCCCGCGGCCGCGCCGGCGCCGCCGCCGCUGCCCGCGCUGCUGCUGCGCGGGAUUAAAAUACUCGCCAAUGCGCUCAAAGAGUGGCACGCGCUCAAAACUACUGACUCGGCGAAACGCGACAACGUGCCCAAAUGCCUCAACUCCGGUCAAUUGGUACGAGAGCUGUGUAAGGAACUGAGGACUUUGGAGAAACGGUCGGCCAGCGCUGCUAAUAAGGAUAAGGACUUCAAAAUAAAAAGCACAUCACCAAACAAGCCGUCAAAGAGGCCGCAGCAACACAAAAAGUCCCUCAAACUGACCCUGCCACGACCCAUCAUGCAUAUGGGACAGAACGGGGAAUAUGUCGAUGACAAGGUUUACGUGGGCAAAGAUGGAUAUCAACACGACAGAUUCAUACCUCAAGACGUAAAAUACAAUGGGUUGCCAGAAACAAAAUACGAUACAAAAGAUGUGGUGUUGCCAGAGAAGUAUGUGUAUCAGAGUUUCGACGACCAGGGGUACCAGGAGAACGGAUACAUUGACAGACCGGACAAGAAAAACAUUUUGAAGAUUAAGCUCAACAAUUCCCCCUCAUCAUCACAAGAAGCCCCUCCCCCCUACAGCCUCCCCGAGCACUCCAUCCUCAAGUCCCACCUCAUCCGCACAGACAGACCGACACUCAAGCCGAUACAUCAAUGGACUAUAUCCAAGAAAGACAUUGGAGAUUACCACGAAGAACAGAUACUGUUCACCAAUGAGAAUCUGCAGAACCCUAUGAGGAUCGAUGGACAGGAAAUAAAUUAUGGGCCGGCUAUGAUGAGUCGAGCCAGCAGUUCGGGCAUGUACUCUGCAGAAGACGUGCAACAAGAUUAUCAGUACGCGGCGACGGCCAAGGCUCCGUACCAGCCGGAGUACGGCUACGCCACUGACGUGCCCUACGAGUACCAGCGCUACGAGGAGCAGCUGCCGCAGGUGCAGCAGGCAGCGACAUACAACACGGUGGCGGUCCCUGAGCAAAUCAACGGCAACUAUCACACCCCUCUACCUUCAUACGACGCCGCCAUCGCUCAGCAGUACGGUACCACCACUACUAAUUACGUGGUGGAAGAACAUAAAGCAAUGGGCACGCAGCCGGUGCGGCGGUCGGAGAGGCCGGUGCGGCGCCGCGUGUCCAACACCUACGACUACGAGGACGGCGACCUCUACAUCGACGACACGCCCGCGCCGCGCCGCAGGCGUCCGCCCCGGAGGCAUAACAAUGUUAUACAUCGAGAAACUGCAUCAAACAGCAACACGAACUACAGAGCUGCGCGUGCGCCGGCGAACGGAAUAGAAUCAUUAAUACAGGCUUCGGUGCUCGCGGAAGAGGAACAACCGAGCGCCACGAUUAAGUCAUUGCCAAAGCGGGUGGAACUAAAGCCGGGCACAUUUGUCGGCAGCGAGGACGCGGCGGUGGCGGGCAUGCUCAGCAUCAGCUCGCGCUACACGCCGUCCGCCGCCGCGCCCGCCGCGCCCGCCGCGCCCGCCGCGCCCGCCGCAUUCAGCACCGAAACGACGCCGACCGGCAGCAAGCGCGUCCGCAAACCGCUGGCAGUGAGCAGCGCGGACGAGGAUUUCGAUGAAGAAGACGUCAUCAAAGAAGUUCACCGCGACGAGGAAUAUGUGUACCCCUCGCUGGAGAUGAGUUCGGACGAGGACGAAGAGUGGACGGCGUCGCGGCGGCGCCGGCAUUCCAGGAACAGGGUCGAUAGCAAAGCUAAGAGUGAAAAAGACGAGUCGUGGUCGCCGCGCGCGCGCGUGGCGCGUCCGCAGCCGCGCGCGCGCGCGCCGACGCGCUCCGGCGUGCGGCGCGAGUGUGUGCGCGCUGCGCUGCACGCCGCCGCCGCGCCCAAGCUCACCCACACACACCUCGUGCAGAACGCAAAGCGAGCUGUACUGGCGACGAAGUGCAAACGGCCGCCGCCGCCCGUUCAAAAUACGCCAAAAACACAGAACUUAAGACUGAAAAAAGGUAUGAAGACCGCGAAACAGCGCUUAGGUAAAAUCCUCAAAAUACACAAAAUGAUAUAUUAACAUAAGUAGAUUAACAUAUAUAUAUGUAUCUUGUAGUUAAGCGGAUGGACGGAAGGUAUAUAUUAUAUUUUAUAUAUGUAUUUAGAGGAAGGACCAAUAAGUGUUGUAGAUUCGGGUCUUACUUGGUAAUAUUUCGGUGUUAAUUAAAUAGAUGUAUUAUUUUUAUCACAAUUACUAUUAUAUAAUACUAUUUCUGUAUAUUAAUGUCAAUUUUUUGAUUUCAGUACAUGGGUAUACAGAAAUUUUUUUUUUUUAAUUUCUAUUUGUGUUCCAUUUUGAGAAUUCACUUAGUUUAUUUUUUAUUGUUAAGUGGUAAUCAAAAAGUAUUGGCAACUUAAAAAUGGUAAGACAAUGUUUUUUGUUUAAUUUAAAUUCAUGCAAUUUCAUAUACUUAGGUAUAUAUGUUUUGUAAAAUAGUGUCUAACAAAAAGAAAAUUAUUGCAAAAGAAUAAUCUUUGACUAAAAUCACGUUCGUUUAUGUCAAAGUUGACAAAAUUAGUUCAUUUUCAUGCAAUGCAAGCAAUUCCAUGUGGUUUUUCAUUUUUCGUUUUUCAUUGACAAACUGAUUUUUAUUGAAUUUAUUGGUUUUUUUUUUUCAAACCACAUGUUGCCACUGAAAUUGGCAUUUAUGUGAAAAUAAAAUAUUUAAAGUUACGUAUUUUUAUUAUUUUUUGAUACCUAUAUAUAAAAAAAUUUAGAAUAAGACAGCACAGGAGUUAAAAUUGAUUUGUUGUGAAUACAAAGAUCUGAUAACGUGUUAGUUUAAUAAAAAUUUAAAAGGUUUAUUAAUGUAUAAGAUUUUGAAAUGACAGACGCUCGGUUUUUCUGUAUUAUUCUAUUUGUCUUCGAAAUUGUAUGUGAACAAUUAUUUUUCAUAUUCAGCGGGCCCUGGGCUCCGACGCUCUAUGGCGGCCGAAGAAACCAGGAAAACGGUCAGAUGAGAGAAAGAUUUAUUUUGGUGUAAAACCCUUGCUUUUAAACACCAAGUUUAAAAGCAAACUGGAAAAGUAGGAAAAUAUAAUUAUAUAAGAUUAAAUAUCAAAAACCUCGAAUAAAAUUAUGACACUCUAGAAUGCGUCCGUCGUUUCUAAUAAGACAUUCAAUAUUUCAGACUUUUUCUACACGAUUGACAAAAAAAUAUAAAUAAAAAACACAUGAAAUAAAUUAUAUAUAAUAUAUUUUCUGCUACACACAAACCCACCAAUGUAAAUAUCAUAUAUAUAUAGUUGGGUAGCUUCGGUCCUUCGUUAUGUUUAGUGAUAGUAGUUGUACUUUCUGUUAUUUUGUUGUAUACUUGUGGCGGUGGCGUUAAAUUAUAUAUUUUUCAAUAUCUACACAUAUAUCAUCUGUAACUGUAUAUCUGUCUGUACACGGGAAAUCCUAAGGAAAACUUUGUACAUGUUUAGGAAAUGAACAUUUUAACAAUACCAUAGCCACAUUAUAGGCUGUUCAUAAACUCGACAAUACACUUGAGCGAAUAUUCGGGAGAUAUUAUUUCUACGAUAUAAAUGUCUAGUAGUAAUAGUUUCUGUUUAAAAAUUAUACGAUCUCUGUAGCCUCAUCACAUCUGAUUGCUAUAUCGGGGGAGGCAGUAUAUGUAAUUCAACGCCCUCAACACGCAGACGUUAUUUUUGUCUCUAUUCAAUAAACAGGGUGUAUUUUCAGUGUGGAUAUGACAAGUUUGAAAGUUACACGAUGAUUGAUUUUUAUUAUAUAGCCUGUCUAUGUUAAAAUGACGCGCGCCAAUCAUUGCACAUACUGCAGUCUUAUAUAGUAGAAAAUUGCUUUUUGACGAUGGCCAUUGCAAUAUCAAAUGGAAUGGUCAAGAUUGGUUGAUAAACCCAUUGUUGGCAAAUUGUAAUUAGAUUUUGUAAACGUAAUAUGCGUAAAUGGCGCACGUCAUUUCAAACUAUACUGAAUCUAUUUGGGUAUUAAAAUGUACAUUUAGACGUGUAUUUUUAAUGAAAGAAAAAAAUAGAAAAAAAAUUACAUUAAAAGUAUAUAUAUGGACGUUGAAAAUUACAAACUAAUUAUUUUUUACUAUUACGAUAAACUAGCGAGACUUCGUCCGCGAAAUAAUUGCUCCGGAAGGUCUAGUCUAUCAAUCUGGUUAAUUUCAUCAAAAUCGGUCGGGGACUUUUAUAGUUAUUAACAAAAAUAAAAAUCUUGAUGGCUAAUUAGUUCAUAUUUAUAUAAUUUUAUUUCAUUAAAAAUACAUCAUAUAUUGAUAUAUAGUUUGAUGUUUUUCAAGUACCUUAACAAAUAAGUAUAUAAAAGCUGCAAAUUUUUUGUCGUUUGAGAUCUGUGUAUGGUACGUAAUAUCGCUUUUGUAAAAUCUUUUGAUUACACAUUUUAAUCACAAGUAAGGACCAUUUUUACUCUGGUUUCAUUGAAAAUGCAAUUUUAUAACUCAAAUGCCGUCCUAUGCAUAAUAAAUAGAUAAAUAUUUGUCGGAUAAAAAAUUUUUUUUUCUAUUUUUUUUCUCCGUAAGUACCUAUGUCGCAAAUUGCAAUAUAUAAUAUUGCACUAUAUGUAAUAUAUCAACACUGUGUUAUUAUUUUCUCAUUUUAAAGUAUAUUUCGAUUAAUAUAGCACUUGAAAGUUAAUAUAUUUAUUAAUAUAUUUUUCAUCACACAAUUUGUAAAGUCGAGGGUCCGUGAUCUAAACUAAUUUAACAAGCAAUUUCAAUUGUGGGAUUUACUAAGCAGUAGAACUAGUGGGAACAAUCCAUAAUUUUAUCUCAAAUUCAAAUUCAAAUCAUUUAUUCAGAAAUUAGACCUUCACAGGCACUUUCUCGUCAAUUUUUAUAUUUAUAGUUAUUUCUCACAAGCUACAAACUACUGGCAUUUCGGUACGACCACUGCUGAGAAGAAAUGCCGAAAGAAACUCAUUUGAACAAUGUUGGUCCCUAUCAUGCCAGAUCGGCUUACCAUUAUUGUUUCUUACAAUGUUUUUGUUUUCUAAUAAUAUAUAAAAGUACAUAAUGUACAUAGUCAAAAGGUAUAUCAAAACAGGUUAUGAUUGUGAUCCGAGUGCUGAUUAUAAUAUAUUUGUGAAACACAAUUAACUUACAUGAAAAUAUAUGAGAAACGAGAUGACCAGUUCCCUCUGGCAGCACCCGUUCACGAGUUGACGCAUGGGACAGCCAUCGCGUAGCUCAACCAUAAUAGAGGGAACCUCACGACCCGGCCCACGACGCCACUAUAAGCAAGCCCAAGUACUUUCAUAGUACACGUUAGGUGUAAGGUCAUAGCACACUUGUACUGCGCCUCUACUACCCGGCAACAUGGCGUUCAUAGAAAAGUGAGCUUUGAAACGUCCUCUGGGUUGUUUGUUGUUGUCAAUGUAAUGUAUAAGUACCUACGUAAAGUAUACUUUACAUUGACGACAUGAGAGCUGACGGCGAGCAAUAUUAACGGUAAUUUGUUGUCAAUGCAAAGUAUGUCUACAAUGGACCUUUUAAAGCCCAAUUUUCAAUAAACGUCAUCUUGGUUGCAGCGGUGCGUAAAUGAAGACCUUUAGUUGUAAAAAUAUGUGAAAAUGGCCCUUACCACUAACUUAUUGUAAUUAGUUUGGAGCACUAAAUAGUUGUACUAAAUGAAGCGCCUUUAUCGUAGGUCUAGGCAUAAUUAACGUUACUGUAGACUUGUCACUAUCGAUAUUGCCUCGACAUAUAGAGGGUGUCAGGGUAACACAACUAUUACAAUAAUUGACUCGGUGAUCGAAGUUGUAAUUUUUUCUUGACAAAUUUAAUUAACAGCAGCGACAUUAUAGUCCUGGAGAAAUCUAGGCUGUGGCUAACAUUAAAAAAAUUCUAACAACGGUACGACAUUAGAAUUUUCUAGAAACGAGUAUACAACUUCUUGAAAGGCAACCUGUGAUGCCCCCGGAAUUGUUUCAGGGCAGCGGUGAUCACUUACCUUAUUAGGUCUGAAUUGUUUACCCGCUUGCUAGUUUACCGCCCUACCAAAAAAAAGUUUUCAAAAAUUUAUAACACAGCCGUUAUCUAUAAACAUCAUAUUCCCUUUUUUGAGCAAUCGUGCAAAUGAUCGAAACCCAUCUACGCUCAUAAAUAUAAUAACCUUAUUCAAUAGCUGAAAGUCGCUGGCGACUUUAAUUUUUAAUGUUUUUGUAUCUGAAAAGAAAACAAAAAAUGAAUUUGUUACAUCAGGGUUCCGUACAAACGCUCAUGGGUAAAUAAAGCCGCUUCGAGGUAUCCUGGACUUUAUGGACAGAAGAAAACCAAUGACAAACUUAACUUUGCCGUUCUAUACCUGGAUAUGGUUUUUGAACCAACCGCAAAUAAUAACUUUGUUAGCAAAUCAAAAAAGCACUUUAUUUGUUGCAAUAUCGAAAGUAAUAAGUUUUAAUUGUAUGAGAGGUGAAUUAUAUGUAGUGUAAAGGAUUUAUUGUAAAUGAAUUAUGACGAUUGUAUAUUUGUUGUGACAGAAGAAAUGGUUUUCUAGACGUGUCCACGUAUAAA